UUCAGGUCCCAACCGCCGCCAGGGCCGCUCCGCCCAGUGGAGCCUGUCCGGCCCCCUUGCUGCCAGCUUGCUCCCGCCGAUCGGCGCAGGCUGUGGGCGCCCGGGCACCGCGGGCGGGGUCGGAGCUGGGCCUUCCUGACGCGGAGGCUGCCGUCCCCGCACGCUCAGGCCAGGGCCUCCCUCUCGGGGCCCGGCCCGCGGCGGUGACUCUGGCUACAGAGUGCGGGAGCGAGCGGCCGCCGAGGCGCAGCGGCGAUCCGGCGGGGGCGGAAAAUGGCGGCGGCUUCGGAGGAGCUAAAUGGCGCCGGGACCCCUGGGGGUGGGGUGGGCCGGGAGCUUCGGCGGAGAAUUGGGCCUGAGAAUGCGGAGAGUGAGGAGCCUUACUUGCUCUCUCGUGGUGUUCCUUUUUUUUUGCUUUGUUUUGUUUUGUUACCUUUUAGGGUUUAUGCGGUCCAGUGACGGAGAGGUGGGCUGGAGAGAGUUGGGCGGGUCUCGUCCUCCUCCCCCCCCCCUUUUUUUUUCUUUUACCUUGUUUGCGUCUUAGACUCUUCCAUCCUUUGGGAUUCGUCCCAGCUCUGCUAUUGAAGGCCCCUGCGGAGGCAGUCGGGGGUGCUGGCCGCAGUAUCUCGGUCAGCCUCUCUUGAAAAGGACGGACAGGACUGACUGCGGGGAGAGAGUGUCCUAGUCGGGCGAAGAACAGUUCUAAAAUGCGUCUGCAAAAGCAGUAAUUGUCCUAUUUUAAAAAUACUGAGUUCUGCGGAAGUCUUAAAAUUUUUUUUUUUUUAGAUCUUCUUGUCCUCUAAAAUAGACUUUGUUCUGACCCUCUCCCCGGCGUAGAUUGGAGAGUGGAGGUGGCCAAGUGCCGUUCUCUGCAGUUGAAUGAGACAGCAUGUGUGUUUUGUUUUUUUAAUAAUAAAAAUACUCGGUGAAGUUGAUAGGCUCACCCCAAAAUAUGCUUUUUGGGACUGAUCUAGAAUCUGCAUUUUCUGCGUGAAUCUCUUUAAUUGAUUGCAGUUGAGCUAGAUGAUGGAGCCAAAAUGCUAUUGCCCUUUCUUCAUCUACAGUUAAUCAAGUGUUGCAGAGGUAGGAAUAUGGGAGAGAAGUAAUCUGGAUAACAUGAAAGUGAUGCUGGUAUCUAAGGAAAGGCGACUUGAUUCUGUGGGAAGGGCUAUACCUGAUCCAUCUAUUUUCUAGAUUUGAGUAUGAGCACAGUUGAAGAGGAUUCUGACACAGUAACAGUAGAAACUGUGAAUUCUGUGACUUUGACUCAGGACACAGACGGGAACCUCAUUCUUCAUUGCCCUCAGAAUGAAGCUGAUGAAAUAGACUCAGAAGAUAGUACUGAACCUCCACAUAAAAGGCUUUGUCUGUCUUCUGAGGAUGAUCAAAGUAUUGAUGAUUCUACUCCUUGCAUAUCAGUUGUUGCACUUCCACUUUCAGAAAAUGAUCAGAGCUUUGAGGUGACCAUGACUGCAACCACAGAGGUGGCAGAUGAUGAGAUUACUGAGGGAACUGUGACACAGAUUCAGAUUCUACAGAAUGAACAACUAGAUGAAAUAUCCCCCUUGGGUAAUGAGGAAGUUUCAGCAGUUAGCCAAGCAUGGUUUACAACUAAAGAAGAUAAGGAUUCUCUGACUAACAAAGGACAUAAAUGGAAACAGGGGAUGUGGUCUAAGGAAGAAAUUGAUAUUUUGAUGAACAAUAUUGAACGCUAUUUAAAGGCACGCGGAAUAAAAGAUGCUACAGAAAUCAUCUUUGAGAUGUCAAAAGACGAAAGAAAAGAUUUCUACAGGACUAUAGCAUGGGGUCUGAACCGGCCUUUGUUUGCAGUUUAUAGAAGAGUGCUUCGCAUGUAUGAUGACAGAAACCAUGUGGGAAAAUAUACACCUGAAGAAAUUGAAAAGCUCAAGGAGCUCCGGAUAAAGCAUGGCAAUGACUGGGCAACAAUAGGGGCGGCGCUAGGAAGAAGCGCGUCUUCCGUCAAAGAUCGGUGCCGACUGAUGAAGGAUACUUGCAACACAGGGAAGUGGACAGAAGAUGAGGAAAAGAGACUUGCAGAAGUGGUUCAUGAAUUGACAAGCACUGAACCUGGUGACAUAGUGACACAGGGCGUGUCGUGGGCAGCUGUGGCAGAACGAGUGGGUACCCGUUCAGAAAAACAGUGUCGUUCUAAAUGGCUCAACUACCUGAACUGGAAACAGAGUGGAGGUACUGAAUGGACCAAGGAAGAUGAAAUCAAUCUCAUCCUCAGGAUAGCAGAGCUUGAUGUAGCUGAUGAAAAUGACAUAAACUGGGAUCUGUUAGCAGAGGGAUGGAGCAGUGUCCGCUCACCACAGUGGCUUCGCAGUAAAUGGUGGACCAUCAAAAGACAAAUUGCAAAUCAUAAGGAUGUUUCAUUCCCUGUCUUAAUAAAAGGUCUUAAACAGUUACAUGAGAAUCAAAAAAACAACCCAACGCUUUUGGAGAAUAAAUCAGGAUCUGGAGUUCCAAACAGUAAUUCCAAUUCCAGUGUACAGCAUGUUCAGAUCAGAGUCGCCCGCUUGGAAGACAAUACAGCCAUCUCUCCAAGCCCCAUGACAGCCUUGCAGAUUCCAGUCCAGAUCACCCAUGUCUCUUCAUCAGAGUCCCCUGCUGCUACCGUUGACUCGGAAACAAUAACACUAAACAGUGGAACACUACAGGCAUUUGAGAUUCUUCCAUCUUUCCAUUUACAGCCCACUGGCACUCCAGGUACCUACCUACUUCAAACAAGCUCAAGCCAAGGCCUUCCCCUCACUCUGACAGCUAGUCCCACAGUAACCCUGACUGCUGCUGCUCCUGCUUCUCCCGAACAGAUCAUUGUUCAUGCUUUGUCUCCAGAACAUUUGUUGAACACAAGUGAUAACGUCACAGUACAGUGUCACACACCGAGAGUCAUCAUUCAGACUGUUGCCACUGAGGAUAUCACUUCUUCCAUAUCCCAAGCAGAACUGACAGUAGAUAGUGAUAUUCACUCAUCUGAUUUUCCUGAGCCUCCAGAUGCCCUAGAAGCAGACACUUUCCCAGAUGAAAUUCAUCAGCCUAAGAUAACUGUAGAGCCAUCAUUUAAUGAUGGCCAUGUAUCCAAAUUCAGUGACCAAAAUAGCACAGAACUGAUGAAUAAUGUUAUGGUCAGAACAGAAGAAAUCUCUGACAGCGACCUUAAACAAGAGGAGGAGUCAUCUUCUCCUUUAGCCCGUGCUUACAUUACUGAGGAUCUAGAGUCUCCUACCAUAGAAGAACAAGUUGAUCAAACAACCAUUGAUGAUGAAACCAUACUUAUUGUUCCUUCACCACAUGGCUUUAUCCAGGCAUCGGAUGUUAUAGAUACUGAAUCUGUCUUGCCUUUGACAACACUAACAGAUCCCAUACUCCAACAUCAUCGAGAAGAAUCAAAUAUCAUUGGAUCAUCUUUGGGCAGUCCUGUUUCAGAAGACUCAAAGGAUGUUGAGGAUUUGGUCAACUGUCAUUAGGUAAUUCUUAAAAAGAGACAGGUAGCUCAGGCAAAGAAGCCACACUGUUAAUUACAACAUCUCCAAAGAAAUAGGAGCAACUCGCAAGAGGCUUAAAUUCACCAUUCCUUUGGCUUUUAAACAGCUACAGUGCAUAAGCCACAUACAGUGUUGCUGCUAUGACUUUUUACCUCCUUUAAAUAUACCAUCUGAGGUCUAGUCUUAGGAGUCUUGUGGGUAGGUGAAUUGAGUAUGGACGUCUUAACUGCGUCCAUCCCUGUGGUUCAUGUUAACUGUCAGCAGGGAAUUUCAUUCACUUCAGCUACUGAGAAAAGUUUACAAUCACCAAAGCUUAACUGUGUUUUAAAAGCAGUAAUGUUCAUCUCUCUUAAGAUCAGACAUGGCUCUAUCCCAUCUCAAGUUGGCCUGUUCUAGAAACAUCCCAUCAACAUGGUGUAGAGCUUACCAGUGACCCUCAAAAAUGUUAUAAGUAUCUUUAGUUUGAGAGGUUACUAGCAUACACAUACAGAGAUCGAGGAGGGGAUUGUGUGGCGGUUACUGUUGGUUUACCCAUUGCUGGCAGUGGGAGCUGAUUCAGGCUGGGUACACAGAGAAGCAUUAUAAGAAUUAAGAAAAUUCACUACAGGUUUUUUAUUACUUUUAAAGGGAAUAUGGAAUACAGCUCACCAGAAGCUAAGUAGAGUUUUCACCCCUUCAGAACCCACUAUGGUCGGUUUACAAAGUUAGCACUUUGAAAUAAAAUUAAACUAAAUGGGAAAAGUAAGGUUGCCUACCCUCUACCAUGACUCUUUCUUACAUGUUUUGCUAUACAAAUUACCCAAGAAAUAGUUGGGGAAGGUAUCAGAGUCUGCCCUUCACUUUAGUGCGUUAGCUGGUGGGGUGACAUAACUUCUCCCUCUCAGGCAAUUUAAAGAAACAAAAUUUGCUUCUGUUAUCAAAGGAAAGAAAUCAGGAGCCAUUCCUGUAUUAGAGAAGGUGAAGCCAAAAUUAGCCGCUAGGGCUUUAAUGAACAGGACCCCUACAGAAAAGUCACAGGGGGGAAAAAAAAAAGCCCAUGUAUAAAUUAUUUUAUUUAUUAUUGUAAUUAGAUCUUCACAAUCAAAGUUGUCUUUUCACCAUCUGUGUUUUGUUAAUGUGAAAUUAAAUUGUAGUUAUAAGCAAAAGUUGGUUGCCUAGGGAACAAUUGUAUAUUCAGUUUAACAGAAAUAAAAGAAUAUUUGUCUUAAAAUGCAA